AUAUUAACAUAAAUAUCCUUUUUUUAAACUUUUUUGUAAAUAACACCCCUGUGUUUCCCAGUAAAGUUGCUAACUUGGCGCUGGUAGCUACGACAAGCUUUUGCGCCUAAGUUUUAUAGAACAAAAGUUAUUCGAAAUGGAAUUCAAACGCAAUGGUGUGAUUGCGUUAUAUUUGGCUGGAAAAUCACAACCAGCUAUUGUUCGUGAGCUCAAACAACUCAAUGUAAAUAAAAUGUUUGUAUAUCGUACCAUAAAUCGUUAUAAUAGUACAGGCAGUGUCGCUAAACGCUACGGUGGUGGACGAAAAAAAACAGCAACAUCACCGGAAAUAGUACGAAAAGUAAAGGCUCGACUUAAACGAAAUCCACUUCGUAGUGGUAAUCAAAUGGCCAAAGAACUGAAAAUAUCCCAACGGAGCAUACGACGUAUAUUACAAAAUGAGCUCAAGAAAAAAGGCGGUGGUGCUGUUUCUGCAGAUAAAGCUGGAAAUAAAAAUAAAGGACCUGCUGAUAAGGCUGAUAAAUCAAGUGGCAAGAAAGGUCAAGAGCAGAAGAGUGGUGGCGGCGGUGGUAAAAAAGGUGGAAAGAAGUGAUAAGAAAAUUUUAAAUUUGUAAAAGUUAUUUAAAAAUUUUGUACAAAUCAAUGACCUCAUUACUAAAGCAAGAACCUAAUCGUAGCCAUAGGCUGAUCCAAUAGGUCAUUAAAAAAGGAACACUUAUAAGUUAAGAAAUCAAUUUGAAGUUUUAAAAAUAGCAAUUGUUAUAAGCGAUUUUUAAAAAUAAAAAGAAAAAUGUAAAUGAUU